AUGGUUGAAAAGUCUUUUGCCCUUGAUGCUGUCAUCAAGGAAGCUGUUGAUCUGGAAAAUGUGCCCAUUGAAGAAGUUUUUGAAAACCUGAAAUGUACAAGGAAUGGUUUGAGCUCAGAUGAAGUUAAAGAGCGAUUGGAAUUAUUUGGAUACAAUAAACUUGAAGAGAAAAAGGAAAGUAAAAUAUUAAAGUUCUUGAGCUUUAUGUGGAAUCCUCUAUCAUGGGUAAUGGAAGCUGCAGCCAUCAUGGCUAUUGCUCUUGCACAUGGAGGAGGAAAAGAUCCGGAUUAUCAUGAUUUCGUUGGCAUAUUGGUCUUACUUUUGAUAAAUUCUACCAUCAGUUUUAUAGAGGAAAACAAUGCAGGCAAUGCAGCAGCUGCUCUAAUGGCCAGAUUGGCCCCAAAAGCCAAGGUCCUACGUGAUGGAAGAUGGAGUGAGGAAGAUGCAGCAGAGUUGGUUCCAGGAGACAUUGUCAGUAUUAAACUUGGAGACAUUGUUCCAGCUGAUGCUCGUCUUCUUGAAGGAGAUCCUUUGAAAAUUGAUCAGUCAGCUCUUACGGGAGAGUCUCUUCCGGUAACCAAGAAUCCUGGUGAUGGGGUCUACUCAGGUUCAACCUGCAAACAAGGUGAAAUAGAGGCUGUUAUUAUUGCAACCGGAGUUCACACUUUCUUCGGGAAGGCAGCUCAUCUUGUUGAAAGCACUAAUCAUGUUGGGCAUUUUCAGAAGGUUCUAACAGCAAUCGGAAACUUCUGUAUCUGCUCAAUUGCUAUUGGAAUGGUUAUUGAAAUAAUUGUUAUAUAUGGACUUCAAGAGAGGGGAUAUCGUGUUGGUAUAGAUAAUCUACUUGUCUUGCUAAUUGGUGGGAUUCCCAUAGCAAUGCCAACUGUUCUUUCUGUUACCAUGGCCAUUGGUUCACAUCGCUUGUCUCAGCAGGGUGCAAUAACCAAAAGAAUGACAGCCAUUGAGGAAAUUAUGGCAUGUUUGCGUGGUGUAAACAGUGUUUGCGCAGCACUGUAA